AUGUCUCCAUUUGAGGCCCUUUAUGGAAUUCCACCUCCUAUACACCUACCUUAUUUUCCAGGUGAUUCAAAAAUUGCUACAGUAGACAUUUUUUUAAGGGAUCGAGAAAAUGCUUUAUCCAUUCUAAAGUUUCAUUUGGAUAAAGCUAGGCAUCUAAUGAAAACUCAAGCUAAUAAGGGUCGAGUAAAUAGAGAACUUACAGUGGGAGAUUGGGUAUUUCUUAAAUUGCAGCUUUAUAGACAACUUUCUAUUCGAAAGGGAUAUCAUAAGUUCCAACCAAAGUAUUUUGGGCCAUUCCAGAUCACGGAUCGAAUUGGUGCAGUUACCUACCAUCUCAAUUUUCCUUCUGAUGCUCAAAUCCACAAUGUCUUCCAUGUUUCUCAACUUAAACAUACAUCAGCACCUGUGACUGCUACUCCUCCCUUACCACCUGUGUCUCACAUCCAAGAUGCUUAUCCAUAA